AUGACUCUGGACGUCGCGAAACCGUCCGACCCCGAGGGUCUCACCAUCGAGGCAUGGGCCCAGGGUUACAUGGUGGGCAGUUUGAUUAUCAUGGCCUGUGUUGCCGUGGCCAACAUGCGGAGACAUGUCCUCUUGCACAAGCUCAUCGUUAUAGAGCUCCUGUUCGGCACUCUUCAUGGAACCUUCAUCUUCACCAACCCACCCGUUUACAACUGGUACUUGAGUACUACCGCAAUCUUCCUCAAUAUUAGCUGGAGCUUGCACAAUGUCAUUGCCUGGAUGAAGAACAAGCCUUUCCUGGGCAAGAAAGCAAGCCUCUUCUACAUUGGAACAGUCAUCCUGGUCCAACCUUACUGGGUAUUGGAGAUUACCGCAAACUUUCUCUACUUUAGCGGAAAAAGCAGACUCUUCACCCACACACGCCCGUAUGAGGCACUCUGCCGAGAUCCAUGGUGGGUCUUUACCGUGUUGAGCCUGUUUUGGAACAUCAAGUCCAAAUAUGAGUUUGGCUACUGGGAACUCAUCCGAGUAUCACCGAGAUUUGGCGUCUUGCUGGGAGCCAUGAUCGUCAGCAUUGGCUUCAUCAUCGUCGACAUCCUCUCAGUGACCCAUGUCAUUGGCGGCAAGUCAUUACCAGAUGGCAUCAACCCUUUCUGGAAGCUAGCCUUCGUGUUCAAAUGUCUGUCAGACACAAUGGUUCUAGAUGAUUUCAAAGUCGCUCUGGAUCGACUGAAGCAUUACAAGAUGCAAAGAAUGGGUAGCGUCCUCAGCGACGGCCUCCGCGGCGACUUUAUGGAUGUCGAACAAGCACGAAAGAGGAAGGAUGAAAAUGCCUUGAACAAUCAGCUGGCCUUACAAGAAGCGUCUUCCAUAUCCCGAGACUUUUCGCAGGUACAGACAAAGGACUCGGCGAAUCCUCGAGGGGAGGAGACGGAGUUCCUCGACUUGGAAGCUGCGCUGCGUAUGGAUGACUCGGUCGAUCCGCGAGACAAGUCGUCCGGGAGUGGUGGCUGA